CUCGGUGUAGGUGAUCAGUAUCUAUCCGACCAUGGUGGACCACAGAAUGCAUCCUGAUUAAUACAUCGUAAAAACCUAAUGGCAAAACAACAAUCACUGAUUCAUCAAGCCGUGGAGAGUACCAAAUCCAAGAAACAACUGGUUCAAAGCAUGGCAAAGAAGUCGAGUUAAACACAAGCAAAGCACGAGCAGAGAAGUGGCGCAUUAAAGACUGCUAAUAUUACAUAUAGGCACCCUGUAGCCGCAACCUUGAACUGGCGCAGCGCCAUGGCAACCAAAAAAGCAAAAAUGCCAAACAAGAGUUUUCAUUUACUGGCGUUUCCGAAAUUUAGAAGCAAACUAUACAACUAUUUAGUAAAUUACAUAUGUACAAGUAUCGCAAUCAAUGAUGACGGCUCCUUAGGAAUUCCAAUCAAAUUGUGUAACCUUCGAAAUUGUAGAAAUUAGCUCAUAUCCGGUGUUUAAAAUUCCAACAGGUUAAAUCAAUAAAGCCCGAAGUCAGUGAAGCCAAUUGCCUUUGAGCAGCAUACUCGUACUGGACAUUCAGUCCAGGCAAUAAGAUUGAAGCAGCGCAAAAACAAGACUCGUGCAAGAGUGAGCAAAGAGCAGGCAACGGUCUGAGCGAAAAGGGAAUCGAAAUCAAAGAAAGCGUACACGGACGGCAAGAUGACGACAGCAGUUCCUUUGGCUCCGUUGGCUCCGCUGGCGUCGCUCCCCGCAACGCGCAUGAUGAUGGGCACAGCCAACAGCAUGAGUUCGGCUUCUGCGAAUGCCGCGACAGCCAUGGCGUCACUUUCAAUGCAGCAGACACAUUCCCCGUCCCAGCCGGAGUUGGAGCAGUUGCCGCAGCUGCAAAUGCCAACGACGACGAGCAUAACAAUAGCCGCACUCGAGUGGCAGUAUUUUCAAGCGGUUUCGCUAUUUCGGCGGCGAAAAUAUGAAAAAUGCGUUGAGGUGUGCACUGGCAUGUUGCGCACUGGCCAUGAAACGAAUGUGCAAAUGUUCAACUCAUCGUCGGAGAGCCACGAGGCCGAUGCACAGUUCGGUCGGGGAGUUGGCGGCAGUGGCAGCCUAGUCAGCAACAACUUGAACAGUACAAGCGGCUCAAGGCAGGGGCGCAGCCACAACCAUAACUUAAAGAACAACAACUCAAAAUAUGGCAGUGCCAAUGGUAAUAACAAUAAAGUGAGCAUGCCCACGUGGAUGAUGGAGGGCGUUUGGCAAUUAAAAAUGCGCGCGCUUACCCAGCGCGUCUACAUCGACGAUCUGGAGACGGACGAUGCCUUCGAGGGGGAGAAUGAGGAAGUGGAGUUGGAGCGCAUUGCCACAGCCGCCCGACCUGGUACCUCAAUUAAAACAGCAUUCAUACCACGACCAACCACAAGCACGCUGCAUGCGCACACCACGGCUGCAAUAAGAAAUGGGCUACCUUUGAGCGAAGGCAGCCGCACUGCGAACGCGCAAAGCAAAAUGAGCAUGCGGCCUAAAUCGGGUAUGGUACGGCCUGGUACAGCUAAUUCUCGACCAGGUUCUUCAGUCGGGAACCGUACAGCAUCACGUUGUGGUACGGCUUCACGCAUUCGCGCCUCAUCUGCCGCCGCCUAUACGGUCGGCGAUGUUACCGCAAAGCUUUAUCAGGCUUCGCGACUCAAUCCCACGAUAUACGCCGAACGAGAAGCACUUAUUAAAGCACUCUUUCAAUUCCUCUACUAUCACGAAUCGGAUGUACAAAAGGCAUAUUCACUAUGCGAAGCAGUCAUGGAGGUGCACAAACAAAAGCGAACUUCUGGUUCUACACGUUCGGGCGCACCGGUUGACUGGUGGUGGGAUCAGCAAAUAGGCCGGUGUCUGCUCGUCCUGCGCUCUCCAAGGAAAGCGGAGACAUUUCUUGUGCAAUCGUUGGCGGUAUUUCCGCAUCCCGAUACGUUUUUACUGUUAUCGCGUUUAUAUCAGCGUCUGGGUGAACCCGAACGUGCGCUCGACCUCAUCGGUAUGGCUGUGGAUCGACAUCCUUUCAAUGUCACUUUUCGCAUCGAACAAGGUCGUAUCUUCGAUGCUCUGUCCCAAUCCGAUAGCGCAAUGCCAAUUUAUCGUCUCAUUACUAAGCUCAAUCCCAUAAAUGUCGAAGCGCUUGCAGCAAUAGCAUUGAAUCAUUUUUACGAUGGAAAUCCUGAGAUGGCACUUAUGUACUACAGGCGAAUUCUCGCUUUGGGAAUUCACUCGGCCGAACUCUAUUGUAAUAUUGCAUUGUGUUGUUUGUACGGCGGGCAAAUCGACCUGGUACUACCUUGUUUCCAACGGGCUCUGCUACUGUCCAAGACAGCUGAUCAAAGAGCGGACAUAUGGUACAACCUGAGUUUUGUGGCAUUGUCGACUGGCGAUUUUCAUUUGGCUCGUCGAUGCCUUCAACUCUGUUUAACCGCGGACGCGUGCAACGGCGCCGCUCUAAAUAACUUGGCCGUACUGGCGGCGCACUCUGGCGAUCUUAUGCGCGCCAAAUCUUAUCUCCACGCCGCGAAGGAAGUGUUCAGUAACAGUCCGGAAGUAAACAGCAAUUUAGAAUAUAUGCAAGCCCACUACAAACUCUAAACUAUUGGCACAGUUAAAAUCACAAAAGUUCCAAUGGGUUCCUCGAAAUCGAGUCUAGCAAGAAACGAAGAUGAUUAGAGAAACGAAUUCGAUGUAUGUGAUGUAAAUAAUAUUUAUUGAAAUAAAUAAAAUAAUUAUGGAGUAUCGAAAUUCCUUUC